AUGGGUAGCAACAAAGGAAGAACAAUACUGGAGGUUGGAGCUGAUGGAAUUGCUGUUAUUACUAUCGUUCAUCCACCUGUUAAUUCACUCUCUUUUGAUGUGUUGAACAGCCUCAAGGACAAUUGUGCAGAAGCUAUGCGAAGAGAUGACGUAAAAGCACUUGUAAUUACAGGCGCAGAAGGAAAGUUUUCUGGAGGUUUUGAUAUCUCAGCUUUUAGUGAAAUCCAAGACGGAAAGAUUGAGCCACCAAAGCCUGGUUAUAUAUCAAUUGAAAUUAUCUCUAACACGUUAGAAGGUGGAAAGAAACCUGCUGUUGCUGCUAUUGAGGGCAUUACCCUAGGCGGUGGUCUAGAGAUCGCCAUGGCAUGCAUUGCUCGUGUUUCUACCUCCACAGCACAGUUAGGCCUUCCAGAACUUCAGCUUGGAUUAAUUCCUGGAUCUGGAGGAACACAGAGACUUCCGCGCCUUGUUGGUCUUCCGAAAGCCCUUGAAAUGAUGCUGAUGUCGAAGCCAGUGAAGGGGCAAGAAGCUCAUUCCUUGGGCUUAGUUGAUGUCAUAGUUUCACCAAAUGAACUGGUAAACACUGCCCGUCUUUUGGCCCUUGAUAUUGUGGAGCGCAGAAGACCUUGGGUUCCUAGUCUUUACAGAACAGAUAAGAUAGAGCCAUUGGGAGAGGCCAAGGAAGUACUUACUUUUGUUAGAGCUCAGGCUCGGAAAAAAGCUCCCAACCUGAGACAUCCUCAAGUCUGCAUUGACGCUAUCGAAGAAGGCAUAGUUUCAGGCCCUGUUGCUGGGCUUUUGAAGGAGGCGGAGUCUUUUCAAACACUUCUACAUGAUGACACUUGCAAGGGUUUGGUCAACAUAUUCUUUGCUCAACGUGCAACCUCAAAAGUUCCUGGCAUCACUGAUAGGAGAUUGAUACCAAGAAAACUUAAAAAAGUUGCGAUUCUGGGCGGAGGACUCAUGGGUUCUGGAAUUGCAACAGCAUUGAUCCUUAGUAAUUAUCCUGUGAUCUUGAAAGAAGUAAACGAAAACUCUUUACAGUCCGGAACUGGAAGGGUGAAAGUGAAUUUGCGAAGUCGUGUCAAGAAAGGUAAAAUGACGCAGGAGAAAUUUGAGAAAACCUUGUCUCUUCUCAAGGGUUCUCUCGGCUAUGAAAGCUUCAAAGAUGUGGACAUGGUCAUCGAGGCAGUGACCGAAAAUAUCUCAUUGAAACAACAAAUUUUUGCUGAUCUUGAAAAACAUUGCCCACCUCAUUGCAUUCUUGCUAGUAAUACCUCCACAAUUGACUUGGAUCUGAUUGGGGAGAAGACACAGUCCCAGGAUCGUAUUGUUGGUGCUCAUUUUUUCAGUCCGGCUCACGUGAUGCCACUUUUGGAGAUAGUUCGUACCAAGAAGACAUCUCCUCAAGUACUUGUUGACUUACUGGAUAUUGGGAAAAAUAUUAAGAAAACCCCAAUCGUUGUUGGGAACUGUACCGGAUUUGCGGUUAAUAGGACGUUCUUCCCUUACACACAAGCAGCAAUCUUACUUGUUGAACAUGGUACAGACAUCUAUAAGAUUGACAGGGCAGUUUCCAAAUUCGGGAUGCCAAUGGGUCCAUUCAGGUUGAUUGAUUUGGUUGGUUUUGGGGUCGUAACGGCAUCUGCCACCCUCUUUGUUCUAAACUUUCCUGAGAGAUCAUACAAGUCUAUGUUGAUCCCAAUCAUGCUAGAGGACAGAAGAUCUGGGGAAACCACUCGCAAGGGUUUCUAUGUCUAUGACAAUAAACGCAAGGCAAGCCCUGAUCCUGAAACUGCUAAAUAUAUUGAGAAGGCAAGAAGCAUGUCCGGUGCAAAAGUUGAUCCCAAGUUAAUGAAGUUAUCAGACAAGGACAUAAUUGAGAUGAUAUUUUUCCCAGUCGUAAAUGAGGCCUGCCGUGUCCUUCAUGAAGGAAUUGCAGCUCAGGCAUCGACCCUUGACAUUGCAGCUGUUAUGGGGAUGGGAUUCCCACCAUACAGGGGAGGAAUCAUGUUCUGGGCUGACUCACUCGGAUCUAAAUACAUUUGUUCGAGGUUAGAGGAAUGGACCAAGAUGUUUGGAGAUUUCUUCAAGCCUUCUGCCUACUUGGAAGAACGAGCAGCCAAAGGAUCUAGACUGAGUGCACCAAUGGAUCAAGCCGUGUCCCGGCUAUAAGAAGUUUAAGCGAAUAUCUUCUUGGUAUCGCUGUAUUCUUUUUGUUG